CUCAGUGAGACGGGGAGCAGUGAUUGUGCACAGUCAGGUCCAAGAGACUCCCAACUGGAUUCUUCAGGAUGAUGGAUAAUGUGUAUUCGAACAUCGAUUUCAUAAAGGAAGAGAAAAAAACUGCAGAAAUAAGAAACUCCAGCACUAGAAAAACUAGUGCUUCUAGAAUUUCCCAGCGGGUUCCAUCAUCCACCCUGCGCCUCCUCUGUGGACUCUCUGCCCUCUGUGUUGUUCUCCUCAUCCUCAAUAUCACUGUCACCUUCACAAAAUCUUCUCCCAAUUGUUCGAAUGUCAUGAAGACAGAAGUGAUCUCUGAUUCUGAUUCCAUGAGCACCCCCUGCCCAGAGGACUGGUCUCUGUCUUCUGGCAAAUGCUACUACUUCUCCAAUGUGCCUGUAUCCUGGGAGGAGGCAAAACACGCGUGUGAGAAGAAGAAAUCAAACUUGAUUGUGAUCAACAGCAAAACGGAACAGGACUAUGCCGUGAAGAUCAGCUUGGGACAGUACACAUGGAUUGGACUCACUGAGAUUGACAAUGAAUGGAAAUGGGUGGACGGAACCCCCUAUAAUUCCAAACAAACGUACUGGAAAGAGGGGCAACCCAAUAACUGGUCUGGCCAUCUACUACCUGGAGGUGAAGACUGUGCCCAGAUCCAGUUUGGAGGCCAGUGGAAUGACGAGCACUGCAGCAAUCCAUGGCGGUACAUUUGUGAGAAGAAGUCAGAAGUAUAAUUCAUUGAUACAAAAAUAAAAAUGAGCUGAGACCCCACUGUCUGCCAAAGGUUUUUCCUAAUAAUUGGAAUAAAAAAAAUUUGCACUUUA